AUGAGCAGUAAUGAGGUGAUUCAGAUGAGAAAACCAAUAAUUCGUGCUCCUUCAUGCCAGGAGGAUUUGGAUAUCAAAACAUCAGGGACUGGUUGCGUGAAGAUUCAGAAAAUAGAAUGUGAUAACUGCAGUAUUGAAACUGAGAAGGGGACUAGUGUCUUACAGUCAAUAAAGAGUCAUAAAAUCAACAUACGGACAAAUGGAGGCAAAGUAAUUGGUCUUGGAACACUCUAUGGAAAUACAGAUAUUCAUGCUACAGAGAAGGGUAGCGUGAGUAUAGAGAAGCUGCAGGGGGCUUCCAUCAACAUAUCCACUGAAGAUGGAUUGCUGAAAACUAAGUAUCUCUAUGCAGAAUCUUCAUCUCUGUCUUCAGAAACUGGUGAUAUUCUACUGGGAAGUAUUCAUGGUAACUCUUGUCUUCAGACCAAGACGGGGAGUAUCACAGUAGAUUCCUCUGAUGGAAGUCUAAAAGCUUCUACAGACCAUGGGUCAAUAGAUGUCUAUGUCAGUCAAUUGAGAAAAGUGGAUCUGAAAUCCCAGAAAGGUUCUAUUAAAGUCAAGGUGCCUGCCUCUCUCAAAGCUCAUUUACAACUGUCUGGGAGAAAAGUGGAUGUGAGCUCAGAGAUCCAUUUAGAAGAACCUCAGAGUGCCUCUAAAGAUGAUCACGUAACUAUAAGUGGUCGCAUGAAUCAGGGGGAUGAAGCAGACAAAUGGAUUAAGGCUGACGCACAGAAUGGGAAAGUGUCUCUUAAAAGUCAGAGCUGGAUCCAGUCCAUCAAGCUGAAGGAUACUUAAAGGUGAAAUGAGGCCAGAGAUCAAAUGAA